AUGGGCAGCAUCAACUGCGAGGCUGCGGCCCUGGACCAGGUCAAAGGCUGGACAAGAUCUUCUGUGCUUGCCUUGCUGCUGAUAGCAGCUGCGGAAUAUGACCUCGGCGACCCGUCCACCAUGGACAAGCUCCAACCUCUCGAGAAUGCCCUUGUGUGGCUUGUCCCCUCGCACAUCUCCGUGAACAUGGACACAGCAAAGCAGAGCUACCGGAACCUCUGCUUGUCCUACAGAGGUUCAGAGAGACAGCCGCCCAAUUCGCUGCAGCUGGCCUUGCGGUUUUCGCAGAUUAUUGAGAUGCGAGACAAGCAGGGUGUCCACAACAAGCUUUGGACCCCGGAGCAGCGGCUGCAGGAGGUUGUGGACGAAUUCAACGAGACGUCAGGUCUGCAGCAGAAGCACAGGGUCGAUGCUGAACGGUUUCGCUCCCUGUUGAACUUGAUUUCCGGCAGCUGCGAGGAGUCCCGGCAAGUCCUUCGGCAGCACCUGAACCACCACAAGUGGCGGGAGAGCGCCUUCAGCGUGGAGCAAUUCAAGGGUAGCCGCUGGUUGGUGGGUGCGACGCCCAAGUCUACCUGCCCUCCUGACAUGAAGCAAGCUCUGACAGUGACGCCUGAGUCGCAGCGCAUGCACUUCGAGCUCAUUGUGCACACAUUCGUCGAGGGGGGCAGGAAGCUCCGGCCAAGCGCAAGGUCACGCACGCGCGCUGCGCCCGAGGUCUUUGACAGGCAUGCUGACUACGCCUGCAUCUUCGCCACAAUCUUGACUGCUGCCCGGCAGCUGUCCACAUGGACAGCUGAGAAGGAGGAACAGCUUUACAAGCUGUUCCUCCAGAAGGCCUACUUCACGGACAUAGAGGCGGCGAUUGUAGCAAAGCUGGACAGCUGGCGGGUGUCACACCUGGCGGUCUGGGCGGACUACGUGGAGCCCAAGGUGCCGACCAUCACCAUCAGCGACAGCGUCGACAUUGGCAUUGCUGAGGAUGAGGCCCAGGCUGCCAGGUUCCGGGAGGUGCGCGCCAAGCUCAGCUCGGACAUGAUGGCAAUGGCGCAGUGGAACGCACGGCAGGAAGAAAACAGGAAACGGGCACACGUGAUCAGCGUGUUGCACGAGAAGAGCCAGGUUGAGACCGGCAAGAAGCUGGCAGACGCCUACAUGGAGCAGUGGUGCUCUGUCAGCUUGACUCCUGGCAUUGGGCCAAAGUCACCAGAGGCUUUCCUCAAGGCCGCAGCGCGAGUGCCACGCACGUGGCGUGUGGUGACAGUGGUGACAGUGAUUGAGUUGUGCCAGGUAAGCCCUUUGGAUGUGCGCCUCAUCCUCUACGUCGAUUGCACCAAGUUCGGGGUCAUGACCCAGAAGGAAGUCAACGACGUGGCAGACACAGUGGAGAAGCAUUUGAAUUACGGCGCAGGUGGUGGCAUCGCUGUGAUCCUGCCACCUUUGUUGAGCGGCAGUACUUCUGGCGGCUCGCUCCGGCAGGACUGGCGCCGGAUUGAAGACAAGAUGGCUGCCAACAAGGUGGAGCUCCGACAGUUCACUCUGAACUUGGACUUGAGUGAGCUGCAUCGGAACAGGGAGUUGCCGGCAGCCUACUUGUGCUUCCUGGGCGUGCAGGACCACGCGCUUCCGAUGAAGGGAACCGCCCACAGAGCAGUCAAGGGUGUUCCAACCAGUGGGCAAGAUGGGGUCAAGGCCAACUCGCUCCCUGGCAUUGACUUGUUGCCAAAUUUUAAAGCUUGUCUACGCGGCAUGUCCAACGCCCUGACAAGCAACCUGAGGUUCUGCGCUUCUCCGCUGUGGCAGAAGCAGGCGUUGGCUGUGAAGGACUUCCCCUUUGCCAUUCAGGAGAAGGACUUUAUCAUUCCUGGUGACUCCCUGCUGCACUCGAACGACCAGCGGCGCAACCUCACAGAUUUCCAGGAAACGGCGCAGUGGCUUGGUGGCGUCGGCGUGCCCAAGGCCAUCUUCAAGUCUUUGCUUGGCGAUGAUGCAAAAGGACGCACCAAGCAGGUUGUGGCAGUGAUCCACAUGACAUCCUAUGACGGAUGCGCAGAGCUGGCUUGCCUUCAGCUUGGGCUCCCGGUCAUGGGAAGCACGCCUGUGGAAGCCAACUUCCAGUGUGCGUCCAACGCGGUUCGCAACCAGUUGCUGCAGGCGUGGAAGGACAACAUUCAGCCCAUGGACAAGGUGGCCCCACGGUACCGGGCAAGCCCAGCCCAGGAAGAGAUGCCAGUCUCGCCAGAGAGGCCGACUCUGGAAAUCUGCCAGCACCAGCAGGGAACUUUGCUGCUGCCCCGGGACAUUCGACAGCAUUUUUUGCAGUGCCCGCUGUGGGGCCCAGAGUGGAGGGAUGUGCUGAAGGACUUCGACAAGGCCAAGACAGUGGCUGCUGCGCAGGAGAAGCACGGUAAGGCCUUGGCCGAGAUGACUGUGACAGGAACGCCAGGCUGCACAUUGAUGCUGCUAGAGGACCACGCCCUCUUUGUUUGCGCCCAGGAAGCCGUCUCUAUAGACUCCAGCAUGGCCUUUCUGGCACACGGGGCAGGCACGUGGCUGUUGGGGGACAAGGCGACCAAGCUCAAGGCCGAACACCCUGAGAAAGGCUUUGAGUGCAAGUGGAACAGUGAUGAGGAUUUGGUGGUUUUGGAGGCGGAUGGGGCGGAUAGUCCACCAUGCACCUUGCGCAAGGCCCUCCAAACUGUGGAGAAGGGCGGCCUGGUGGACUUCACUCUUGGAGGGCAUUCAGUGACACGCCCGCCAGAGGUGGCCCAGGGCCACGCAGAUGACAAGUUCACCAUUGUGGCGACCAAUGACAUUUUGUGGAAAGCAAACAAUGUGGCCAUCAAGAGCCUCAAGAGCCACAACGUGGCCUCCACGUUCACCAAAGCAAAGCUGGAGAAGGUUUGGAGGAUUCGCGUCUACAACUCUGACAAGACCAUUGCGGCAGCCAAGCCUCUUUGGUUUCUUCCUGCUGGCCUCAGCCUUGGAAAGGACGAGUGCAAGCGAAUUGUGUAG